AUGAUUAAGGAAACAUUCAUUGACGAAAAUAGGGAGUUAAUUUCAGAUGAAUUGGUUGCUCUACAGUCCAUUUAUCCUGAACUUGAACUGGAUGGCAACAAUUGUGGUCGCGUUUCCAUCCCCGUGUCAACAGAAGACACUUUCUAUUUGUCUUUUCCGGACUUACAGACGAAUAGAUUAGAUACUAUAGCGGUGAAACAUUUUCCUGCUAUAGAAUUAGAGUUUUUUCUUCGGCAAGGAUAUCCUCAAAAGUCGCCGCCGGUUUUCUUUGUAAAGUCAUCAUGGCUUCCUAUGAAACAACAGCGUGCUUUAACAUCCUCUAUGGUGGCAUUGUGGAAUGAGAUUCAUGACUGUGUUUUGUUUGAUGCGAUUGAACUUUUGCGCUCUGAUGCAUCAUCGGCAUUUCAAUGUCCGAAGGAGAUGGUCUUUCCAUCAGGCUCAGAGAACUUGAAACAAGAAUUCCUUGCAACAGAUAAGCAUGCGACUUUAACGGAGUUUGAGAGUCGUAAAUUUGUGUGCUUGAUUUGUUUUGAUCAAUUCAACGGCAAAGAUUGCUUUCAGCUAUCUCGGUGUGGUCAUGUAUGCUGUAAGCAAUGCCUUACCGAUUAUUAUUCUGUUUGCGUUGAAGAAGGGAUGUUUUCUCAGUUAAAGUGUGUCGAUUUGGAGUGUGCUAAAACUGCUCCUAUUCUGUCACUCGAGGAAAUGGAAAUGAUAGUAGGUAUGGAAUUGACAAAGAGAUUCCAGGAAUUAGACGAAAAGCGGAGGUAUGAAAAUGAUACAAAUAUUGUAUUUUGUCCACGUAAAUCAUGUCAAGGCCCGGCAAGACGAGAUCCGGGUCAAAAACUUGCAAUCUGUCUCAAGUGUGAUUUUGCUUUUUGUUCCUUUUGUCAAGCAUCAUGGCAUGGCGACUUGUCUGCUUGUAGACUUCAGGGUGAUUCUAAAAAAUUAGUGAAAAUGUAUUUGGAGCAUCUUGAAACAGACAAAGACAAGGCUGAAGAGCUUGAAAAACGGUAUGGUAAACGCAUUCUGGACAAGCUCGUCGAGCAAGUUAAGAACGAUGAAGAAGCUGAACGUUGGGCUCUUUUGAACGGUCAGCGUUGCCCUACUUGCGAUCGGGUAGUUGAGAGAAUUGAUGGAUGCUGUCACAUGAUUUGUCUUUGCGGGUCUCAUUUUUGCUUUCUCUGUGGUGCUUAUCUCAUGAUAGCAAAUCCUUAUAUACACUUCAAUGACCCUAGUAGUACGUGUUAUGCGAUGUUGUUUGCUUCUCCAGAAGAAAAACAACGCUUUUCAGAAAACUGGUUAUGA